CGCUGCCCGCGCCGCUGUCUCCGGCUGCCGGGCCAAGCCUCGCCCGACUGCCCCACCCCGGAUCCAGGCUCCACGAGUCGCUCUUGGCGCGCGCUUCACGCGCCCCGGGCUCGAACCUCGGACGUACACCUGAGAGCUCGGCGGGAGGGUGGGUCCAGGCCGGGCGACGACAUGGGGAAAUUUCAGUCCAAGCACGCCGCAGCAGCCUGCAAGAGGAGAGAGAGCCCCGAAGGGGACAGCUUCGUGGUGUCUGCGUACCCGAGCGGCCGCAAAGGAACGGAAGAGACCGAACGGCGCGCGGGCGGCGGCGUGGAACAUCGCGCACGGGACAAGCAGGACCUGCCCAAUGGAGACCUCAAGGAUGGGCCUUUCUGGGAGGACAAGGGCUCCCUAGAAGUUGUGCUGCCCCCUGAGAAGUCUGAGGGCCACGAGGGCCAAGGACAGCCCUUCAGUGUGGAUGAUGGGGAGAAGGCAGCAAGCCGAGAGGGCCCACUGAGACUCAGCAAGAAGCACUUGAACAUUGACGCCCUCCAGUGUGAUGUCUCAGUGGAAGAAGACAACCGCCAGGAGUGGACAUUCACACUGUAUGACUUUGACAACAGUGGGAAAGUCACCAGAGAGGACAUGUCCAGCCUGAUGCACACCAUCUAUGAGGUCGUCGAUGCCUCUGUCAACCAUUCCUCGAGCAGCAGCAAGACCCUCCGAGUGAAGCUAACUGUCAGCCCUGAACCGUCCAGCAAGAGGAAGGAAUGUCCUCCCACUGGCCAAGAACGGGAGCCCACUCGUGGCCGAACAGAGAGUGAGCUCACAGAGGACUUCCGAGUGGCCGACAGAAGGCUGUCUGCCUAUAGCAGGAAGCCCAGCGUUGAUCCCCAGCCCUGCUCUGUAAGAGUGCCCUACUGUGUGGAUGAGAACACAGAGCGCAGAAACCAUUACCUAGACCUCGCUGGCAUCGAGAACUACACGUCUAAGUUUGGUCCUGGGUCACCACCUGAGCAGGCCAGGCAAGAACAUCACAGCAGAGCCGCACACUUCCCAAGCCGGUCCCGAUCGCAGGAGUCGGAUGCUCACGCUAUACACCACCGCAGGUCCCAGGUCCUGGCUGAGCAUGUUGUACCAACCAAUGAGCCUGCUGCCCGGGCCCUGGCUGCGCAGUCUCGGCUCAAGGGACAGGAGAAGCAGUUCCUCAGGUCUCCCAAAGGGUCAGGAAAACCUCUUGGGGCACCAGGCAGCAGUAAGCCAGGGAAAGCACUCAGUUAUGGCCUGCAGGCUAUGCCACUGCCCCAGAGUGCUCAGGAUGGCCACCACCUUCCACAGCCCCCACCGCAGCCCCCACCACAGCCCUAUGGUCACAAGCGGUACCGGCAGAAGGGCAGAGAAGGUCAUUCGCCACUCAAGGGGCAUGGCCAACCUACUGUGGUGGAGCAUGAAGUGGUACGGGACCUGCCUCCCAUGCUGGGGCCUGAGGGCUACGUGGUACCUGUGAUCCAGAGGCACGAACACCACCAUCACCAUGAGCACCACCACCAUCACCAUCACCACCACUUUUCACCCAUCCUAGCACUCAAACAAGCACUCUGCCCACAUGCCCUCGGGGACACAGCAGGUGCUGGCAUGUGCCUAGAACUGUACCGCAUCCCCUGGCAGAACACCAGCUGCAGAUGUCAAGAGGGCACCAGGCUGGACAUUCAUGGACAAUACCUUCUUCUCCAUGCCAUUUGGAUACCAUUUGAUGCAGCUGAUGAUUUUCAGUAACAUGUGUUCCUGUAUGAUGCAGAAAAGUCCACACACACCUGCUCUUACUUUGGCUGCAUCAUGGCCUGCAGUGUCUGAGGAACUGUGUCUAGACGUUGUGCCCUUAUGGUUCUUCGACCUUUGGGUGCCUUGGGUUGUUCCUGGCACAAGGCCAGGAGUGAAUGGAAAAGGCGAAGCUUUCUGUGAGGUUUAUUCAUUGUAAAGCCAGCGGGCUGGGCUUUAGGAAGUGGUUGUUUGCCAGUGUACCAUGUCCUUAGUGUCCCACAUG